GAAAGUUCAUGAAUGUAUCAUCUUACCAUCGCCUCCAGUUCUGGGCUGCAGUUCCACGAACUGUAACAUGGUGCUGACGGAGGCCCAGGGGGAAUUCACGUCGCCCUGCUACCCCCAGAUAUACCCCAAUUCCCAGGCCUGUAAGUGGACCAUGCAGGCCCCCGCCGGCUUCAUCAUCCAGCUCUCCUUCCUUGACUUUGACCUGGAGGAGGCGCCGGGCUGCAUCUAUGACCGGGUGGUGGUGAACACGGGAAACGCGGACGUUAAGUUCUGCGGUCCGACGGCCAACGGGCUGGCGCUGAACUCGACGGGGAACGUGAUGGAGCUGUCCUUUACCUCCGACUUCAGCGUGCAGAAGAGGGGGUUCAGUGUUAGCUUCCGGCACGUUGCCGUGGCCCUGAGGAACCAGAAGGUCACCAUAUCAGGAGGUAAUGGCCAGGUCACGGAGGUCGCCAACUCUGUUUCCAUACCGAUGCUCAGUCAGCUGACGCUUUGCUUCGAGGUGGAGCGCAGCAGCCAGAAACAGAAAGAGUGGAUCUUCACGUACUACGGCAGAAGCGGCAGCGUGGUGCUGAGUCUGGGCUCCGAUCAGUCCGGCAUGAAGAUGAUCGUGGAUGGGGUGGAGUGUCCGAUCGACUCCAUCAUCUCCUCGUCUGACUUCACUUCCUCCAUGAGGCCUUUCUGCGUGACCUGGUCAGUCAUCGAGCGGCCACGUGGCCGCGUACUUCAACGGGAACUACUGGUCCAAGACCUGCACCUCCUCCAGCGGCGUCUCGGUGCCGGCUGGAGGACGGUUCCGGUUAGGAGGGCAGCACAGCUUCAACGGGAACAUCUAUAACCUCCGGCUGUGGGAUCACGCCAUGACGGUGCAGCAGCUCAUCGCGCUCAGCUGCGACACGGUGGGGAACGUCAUCGACUGGGACAACAGCCACUGGAGCAUCCCAUCCACCAUGGCCCAGACCGACACCACGCUCAGCUGCAUCUGCUUCCCUCUCUG